ACCUGUCCCGAGCCAGGUUGACCAAUUCCAAUAUGGUGGCCAGCUUGGCAGGUCUACGGUUCUUGUUGAUGAUAUUGUUGUCGUGCGGGAUCAGGUCGGGCUCCUGCAGCCAGGGAGCCCCGCUCGUCUUGGGCCUGCGCCUGGAGGAGGCGGCGGCUCAAGUGUACAGGAAGGGUCGGAUCAUCUCAGCGCCAGAAGGAGCGACGUUCAAGCUCCGUCUCUUCGGGACCGACUUGAAUAAACAGACCUGGCCGUGGCUGGCUUUCGCUGGGGCACCCGGAGGGGGUGUCGUGGACCCCUGCGAGGAUGAGUCCAACAGGCAGACUGCCGCUUUCCGGGUGAAGGAACCCUUCAGCCGGGAUGAGGAGUACGGCGGGCUGCUCACGGUGGUCAGCAGCCCGGAGGGCAACGAGCAGAUCCUCCAUCAUCUGUGUGUACUGAGCGGGGAGAAGUGGACCUCGGUGGGCCCGGAUAGGCUGCGCAUCAACACGGACAAGUCUGUGCCCUCGGACUACAUCCCACCGUGGGGCCUGGCUGUGCUCAUACCGCUGCUGCUGCUCGUCUGCGGGCUGCUGAGGACAGUCAACCUGAGCCUCCUCUGGCUCGACCCUGUGGAGCUUUACAUCCUUCACAGCUGCGGUUCUGAGGAGGAGAAACGGGCCGCUAAACGUCUGGAGCCCAUCAGGAGGAGAGGGAACUUUCUGGCCUGCUCGCUGCUCUUCCUGUGCGUCCUGGGUCACUCGGUUCUGGGUGUGCUUCUUUUUUGUGCCCUGGGCUCCAUCGUGUCGGCUGUCUUCACCAGCGCCAUCCUCCUCUUCUUCCUGGUGGAGCUGCUGCCUCACAUCGUGUGCUCAGGUUACGGCUUCCAAAUGGCACCGGGCCUCACCUGGCUGGCCCAGGUGUGCAUGGUCCUCACCUGCCCCCUGUCCUGUCCCCUGGGGCUGGUCCUGGACUUGGCUCUCAGGCGGGACAUCAGCACCUGCGGCAUCAGGGAGAGGGCCAUGGAGAUGAUACGCACUAGCGUCAACGACCCGUACAGCGAGUUUGUGAAGGAGGAGUUCAGCCGUGGGAUGCUGCGAAGUAAGACGGUGGAGGACAUCUUGACGCCCCUGAAGGACUGCUUCAUGCUGCCCAGCUCCACUCUGCUGGACUUCUCCACCAUGUCAGACAUCAUGCAGAGUGGAUACACGCGUGUGCCCAUCUAUGAUGAGGACAGGUCCAACAUCGUGGAGAUCCUCUACGUCAAGGACUUGGCCCUGGUGGACCCAGACGACUGCACCCCCAUGACCACCAUCACCAAGUUCUACAACCACCCUCUGCACUUUGUCUUCAACGACACCAAACUGGAUGCCAUGUUGGAGGAGUUCAAGAAAGGCAACUCUCACAUGGCCAUCGUCCAGAAGGUAAACAACGAGGGAGAAGGCGACCCCUUCUAUGAGGUUCUGGGCUUGGUCACCUUGGAGGACGUGAUCGAAGAGAUCAUCAAGUCGGAGAUCUUGGACGAGUCAGACGGUUACUUGGACAGGAAGGUCAAACGUCCUCUGGCGCCGAUGGAGAUCCCCCUCGAGCCUCGCGGCGCCCCCGAGGAGUUCUCCCUCUUCAAGCCUCCUGAGGGAGAACCCAAGAUCCGAACGUCGCCGCAGCUCCUGCUGGCCACUCACCGCUUUCUGUCCAGAGAGGUGGAGCACUUCAGCCCAGUGCGCGUGUCUGAGAAGGUCCUCUUCCACUUGCUGCGCCACCCCAGCGUCAACCAGGAGGUGCACUUUGACCCUGGAAACCGGCUGAGCCCCGCCCAUUACCUGUACACACGCAACCACCCGGUGGACUAUUUCAUUCUGCUGCUGCAGGGUCGCGUGGAAGUGGAGAUCGGCAAAGAAGGACUCAAGUUUGAAAACGGGGCGUUUACGUACUAUGGCGUGUCCGCGCUAACGCUGCCCUCCUCAGUGCACCAAUCUCCUGUGUCGACUCAGCGUCAAUCACCCAGAGAUCCGUUUGACUCGACAGAAACGACCAGCCCGUCUAGUUACUGUCCAGACUACACCGUCAGAGCGCUCACCGACCUGCAGCUGAUUCGGGUGACACGCCUCCAGUACCUGAACGCUCUGAUGGCGUCACGGGCCGGCCCCGGUGCAGACCCGUUGGAGAUCAAGAUCCUCCCCAACAGUCAGACCAAACUGCUCAAUGACAGGAACGCCGCCACACAAGACUUCAGCUUGUCUUUCUUUGACACCAUAGACAACUACUGUUAGUGCGUCUGUGCACAAGGGGGCAGCUGCGGGGCGCUGGAGAGCUCCACAGAAGAAGAAGCUCGAGCGUAGGGACUGCUCUUCGUUCCUUCUUGAUGUUGUAAAUAUUAAUAGUAGUAGUAGUAGUACUAUGUUUUAUAAACACUUGUGUAGACAUUAUUUACUUGGAUUUUAUGUGGGCGGUGCCUUUCUUCCACUUCAGCAUUGCCAUUUGUCACUUUGGCUGUGCGUGUGUGUGUGUGUGUGUGCGUGCACACGUGCAUACAAGCAUUCGUCCAAUCAGACAGUAAGGAACGGUUCAAAGCGCCUCGGUGUGUGCACUGUGACACUUGCAAGGCGCUCGUCACUUGACCUUUUGGGCUGGUUUCCACAGUUACAAAGCGUUGAUGAGUCUUUCAUGGAGAUAAGGAGCGCCAACAAAAGUCAUUAGCAAACAUGCUAAUAAAGCAUUCCAGUACGUUCUUAAAGGGGAGCUGCACUUUUUGGGGAAUUUUGCCCAUCAUUCCCAAUCCUUAUGUGGACUCCUCUAACAAUGCAUGUCAUGGAAGGUAACUAUUUAGACUAUGAAGCCCUCUAAGAAAAACAACAUUGCAUGGUUUGAUAUCCAUGCUUUGAUCAUGCAUUAUGUUGCAUAGUUGCCCUAUUUUAAUGAUCACUUAUGCUCGUUCUGUCAACAACAUCAGCAGCAACAACACUUACAAUGUCUGCUCUCCUUGGGAUGGCUGUGUCUUCCAGCACAAGAAGAAGAAAUAGUUUGGGUAGUGUUUUAAAUCAUCAAAAUAAGGCAAGAUAAUGCAACUAUUACAUGUCAUCAUCAGGGUACGUGCUAAUGCAUGAUCACAGCAUGGAUAUCAAACCCUGCAACAUUAGCGGUUUUUGUUACAGGGCUUCAUAGUCGAAAUAGGUGUAUCCCAAUGACAGCAUUGUAAGCUAGCUCGUAUUAACUCGUUUUCCUGUGUUACUAUGCACAGAAAAGGGAAAGAAAUUCCGCAAAAAGGUGCAGUUCCCCUUUAAGUAGGACAUAAACAUCAUUGUUUGUCAUUCUGAAGACGCUCCUGUAGCAACUUUAAUGUGUAUUUAAAAUGUUUUGUUCACGACACAAUGUACCGCAAAGCUGCUUUCAUUUUGAACAAUUCUAAAUUCCAAGACUUCCACUCAAAUUUGAGUGGAAAUAUUCCAAUGGAAGAACACCUGAUGUGUUCAAUUCCUACAAUGUCCUUCUAACUGGAAUGUGCUCAGUUUCCUUUACCAUGAAUUCGAAAGUACCUUGAGCCUUUCCUGUUGUUGUUUUUUUUGUUGUUGUCUCUCUGUCAAUAUGACAUCAUUAGCAUGCUAACAUGCGCAAUGAGCUUCAUUGGCUUUCACUGAUAGCGCCACGCGCACUUGGUGCUGUAAAUAUUCACUUUUAUAAACGACCAACUGAUAAUAUUCUCCAAGUGCAUGCCAAAGCUACCAAGGCUUGAUAAGCUCAUUUCCCAUCCUGGAAGUUAGCAUGCAGGUUUAUGUUGUUUGACUUCCUUUUAGCAGAACAAUGAAAUAUAUGUUGUACAGUGGACAUGGAACAUCUGUGCUAAUUCUGCACAAUAUUCAUUUAGUUCCUUGCCUUUACCAAGACCAAGCCAAUACUAAGACAGUUAGCAGCAAUGCUAACAUUUGUCAUAGAUCACAAGGUUUGUUUUGCGUUUCUGUUUCCCCAAACAUUGAAAUUAACAUCUAACAGGUGAAUUGCUAAGCUAAGAUUGGACAAUCGUCGUUUGAGAAGGUGGUUUUUAGUGUACUUAUAACCUUUUGUUGUCUUAUUUGCUGGCCGUGAGGUUACAUGAAGGAAAAUAAGCAGAUCAGUGUACACUAUUGUUAGCAUAAAAUGUGUGGUUAGCACCAGGCUAGUUGGGUCUUUUUAAAUGCUGAAUGUAAAAAGAUCACAAAAAUGAAGUGUUGCAGGGUUGAACACUGCUUAGAUGACGUAAUUUAUAGAUUUUAGGUACAACAUUGUAAUUUAUUUGAACUGAAAUCACUUACUGUUUAUUUAUGGGUUGAACUUUUGAUAGUUUUUAAUCAAGAGGACCACCCUUCUAUUGAAUACAUUCAAUAAUUCUGUUUUACUAGCAAAUAAAGUCAAUCCAGUUGUAAACGCCUCGUGUUUC